AGGUGGAGAUCAUGUUGUGAAUGCCGAGAGGCAGCGGGAGAAGGAGUAUUCGGGGGAGGACAGGUGCGUGGUCGGGCAGGGUGUAGAAGGUGGUCGGGCAGGGUGUUCAGAAAUGGAGGAACAGUCAGAGGAGGAGGUCCCCAUCGAAAUCUUGAGGGGUUGGAAUGGCAGGAAAAGGGGGGAGGGGAGGGGAGGGAUGCGGGAUAAGGAGGAGGAGAGGGUCGGGAUUUGAUCGGUCAGGUUGGGGAUGCCGUUGAGGGAGGAGGAGAAGGGGAGAGGGUCGAUAUAGGGUGAAAUAUGAAAGGUGUCGUCGACGAGACAAUGAGAAACAAAAGCCGGAACAGCAGCAGUGGAGCCUUAUCUCAUGGUUUAUCAUCCUCCUUGACUCAUGCAUCUGCUUCUGCUGCUGGUGGAUCUGCUGCUACUGCUAUCUCUAGUUGCAGUAGUAGUGGCACUAGCGCUGGCAGUGGCAGUGGCAGUGGAAGUGGCAGUGGUAGUGGUAGUAGUGGUAGCAGUAGUUGUCAUCGGAAUGCUUGGUUUGAUGUGCGAGGGGAUGGAGGUAUGGAAGAUGGUGAAGAAGAUGAAGAUUCAUUUUGCCCACUUUGCAUUGAACCAUUUGAUGAGACAGAUGAGCGUUUUCGUCCUUGCCCCUGUGGGUACCAUGUGUGUUUAUUUUGCUAUGAAAAGAUCAAGCUUGAAUUGAAUGCGCUGUGUCCCAGCUGCAGAAUGCCAUAUGGCGACCCUGUGGAAGCUUCUCCCUUCCGCCACACAUCUUCGUCAAGUACCCCCUGUAAAUCGAGAUCCUCAAAGUCCCGAUCUUCAUCCCCCGAUAAAGAGAGGGCAGAUCGAGCUUCCCAUGCCCAUUCUCGGAUAUAUAAUACGAACCAUGCGCAUGGUUCAACGUCUUAUUCUUUGGGUGCAUCAUCAUCCUUCACGACGACAGCGACAGGUGGACGAUGCAAUCCGUGGAACAGAACAGCCGCUGCAUCGUCACGUGGAUCUGCAUCUGCUCCAAUCCCCAUGGCUCGUGGGGGUGCAAGGAGUGGCGGUGCUACUGCCCACACAGACAGGAACAGCUACGGAGGCUUGGCAAACAUCUUUGGCAUGUCGCCUGCCGGCCCGUCGAAACCAGCAUGGUCUGGAGGGCAAUCAAGCUCCACCGGAAGCUCCCCAUCGAGUUUUGGUGCCAAGUCCUGGUCCUGUGCUGCAUCGGGGGCAACAGCAACAAAAGGAAGUCCAGGCGCAAGACCAGGGAGCGUUGGGCCCACGCUAGAUGCACACAGAGUUGGACAAGCGGCAUGCGAUCGCACCGUCUCCUCCUUGCCACGUAAUGCUUGGGGAGUUGGCCGCGCAACUGACAGCUCAGCAUCGGGUGUUUCUGGUCAUUCUGCUCCUGUGGGACGGUGUGGUGUGUCUCCAAGUCCCUGGGGCAUUGCCAGUGGAAGGCUAGCGAACAAUGGCAGUGGGUCGAAAUGUGUUCCGUCGGGAGAAGAUACACUUGGAAUAAUCGGAGUGAAUCUCACAGAUAAUACCCAUGCGACGGAUGUGAAUGUGUGUUGUGGCGCCAACAAUAACCAAGGAAGCACUGCAGCAUGCUCCUCGAAUGUGAGGGUUGGAGAAAACGUCGUGAAGGGAUGGCCAGCAGAUGGAAUGCUGAAGGCUGUGACGUGUACACCACGAGAAGGCCUGGAGUUUGUACAGGAGCAGGGGGAACAAUGGGGUACAGAGUUGUGGUGGCAAGGAGAGGCACAACAGCAUGUACAGGGGCAAGUAAAGGGGCAGUACUGUAUAUAUGAAGGCGGCACAGGUAACUGUCGAAGUGAUAGUGAAGUGACUGUGCAGAGUGAUGUAACGAGAGCGACGCGGGGGGAGGGAAGGGGCUCUGUAUCGACUAACAGCAGGGCCAUUGCUGGAUCUUCUCAAAGAAUGGAAUCGGAAAGUUCAGUUCGCGAGUGCGACUCGGGCGCACAAGAUCGAGGUGAAGGUGCUGACGAGCAAGGUUUUCGGUCAUCUUCUCUGCACUCAACCAGUCGGAGCCAUACGAGUGUAGGUGGCGGCCCUUCGAGUGGUGCUGGUAGCUCUGGAUCCGACGGCUCGUUGGCCUUAGAUGCGACAAGCUCUCUGUGGACAACGACCGCUCGCCAUCCAUCUUUCACUCUGUCGCCCGUGUCCUCGUCUGAGCAUCACCCCCCCGUGUCCUAUGUGGAACACAUUCAAUCGUCACCGUCACCGUCAACCCAGUGGGAGUCAGCAGACUACAGAGGGUCUGCAGGUACACCGUCGCUAUCACGUGCUGCUGGUCCAUUUGCAACUCCUCCUUCGAGGGAAAAUGCAAGUGGCAGCGCGCAAGUACUUGCCGUUGCCGGUGGUGCAAGCAGCAUGUUAGUUCACUACAGUACAGCAGGCAGUGGCCCGUCUGCGGGUCACGAUGCCUUCGCUUGCGGGUCAAUGGCGACGCACCUGCUGCCGAAUUCGUCAGUGCCUCCUGACAAUCCGGUCGCGCUGAAUGCCGCACCGGGCCCUUUGCUGGCGACCUUCUCAGGAAGCUUGGGGUCGAUCACACCAAGCAUCUGGAGCACCGCAACUUUGCGGAGCACUCCUAGCGGGCAUUCCGCCGCAAUGCCACCGUCCUAUUCGUCAAGUUUAUCCGAGUUGCAUUCGGCGCUCUCAAGUGCGGCGAUGUCAGGCGUGAAGAUUCGCGCCUCUGGGGGAUUGUCGGCAGCAUUCGGGGCAUUACAAUUGGAGCCGUUGAUGCCGAGCGCGGUCGACACAGUGCAGAUUUGCCACCAUUUAUCUGCUGGACCUGAUCGGGCAACCGUACAGUCUGGUGGUGGCUUUUCCAGACCAAUGUAUCGCCCUCUUGAUCUUGCAGCAAACCCUCGGGCAAACGCUUUUCAUGUGCCGUUAUCAGGUGUGCAGGUUAUGGUGACCCCCCUCAUGUCGCAGAGAGCAUGCUCUGUCGAUGGCCGGCCAGCCAUGAUACCCUCGCAGGUGGCACAAGGAGGGCUUCAUCGGCCCCGUCUCUGCCUGCAGCCGCAGCCGAUUCACUUCAUAAAUGAGAUCGGGUGCGCAACUGUCCCCAGGCACACGCUGACAGUGACGGGUUGUCCUGCUCCUCCUCCAGUUGGACCUCCGCGAGGAGGUCUCAGUGUCCGUCCAAUCAAAGCCGCAGGAUGUCUGGGACAGCUGAUCAACGGAUUGCAUCCGACUGCCCGCGAGUUCUAUACAGGAGUGGAGAACAGUCAUCCUCACCUCACCGCGCUGCCGAUACACCCAUCGUAUCUGUGGCAGUCUCAUUUUGUGCAGAAUCCAACGCCGGCGGGAGGUUCGCCUCAUCGCGGCGAUCUGCAGACGUCUCUGCCCCCGCCUGGAAGGGGGGGCAUCGAGUGUCCCAUCUGCCGUGUGUUCAAUUCGCAUCUACGCUCAGAGCUGGAUGAACACAUGGGGCUGUGUCAGAGCACAGCCAAUCUUGUUGAAUAAUUGUGAUUUGUUUAAAUUUUUUUUUUUUUUUUUUCUAUUGACAUUUGCUGACCAUUUUCUCAGCUCUUGUGACUAAGGGCAUAUACUCACACCACCGUCUUCACCCGAAUACAAUGCCCGGUCAUUAUAGCUACGACUUUUUUUUUUUUCUUUUUUGCAGACGAGUACUUAGUACUUGUCGUCGAUCAGUUGGAGCUUGACGGUUCGAGAUUGCCAGGUGAGUCUUCCAAUCGACUAAACAAGGCGUCUGAUUCUGCAAUUCAUCAGGAAAAAAAGUCAAAGUCAAUUGAUGUGUUGACUAGAUUGGCGUCACCGACGACAGCCGAGACCGA